UAUAAGCAAAGUGACACUAUCACUCUCUCUACUUCUCUCUCUCUCUCUCUGAAUCACUCUCUUUUUGAUUUGAAUCACCACAAACUCAUAAUCAAAUACACAAGAAACACACAAAAAAAUUCGACCAGUUCAUCUGAAUCUGAGUCCAAAACUCCCUGCAGAAGCACACAAUAUUCAUGGAGGAGAAGUGGAAGCUGUCGAAGAAAGAGACAACAACUUCUUCUUCCUCUAAGUCAAAGUUCUCAAGAAGCUUCUCAACAAGUGCUUCAUCUGCUAAAUCUCCACUAUUCGCAAGGAGUUCCUCUACUAAAUGCUCUGUUCCCUUAUCCUCAUCUUCUUCAUCUUCAAUCUCUAGAAGCUUCUCAAGAAAAGAGAGAAAAUCGUCUUCCUCUCCAUCUUCUUCUAUCACUCGAAAAUACAGCAGCUUGGCUAAGGAACAAAAGGCAAGGUUUUACAUCAUGAGAAGGUGUGUGGCUAUGCUUGUUUGUUGGCAUAAACAUGGAGAUUCUUAAUUAGAUCUUCCUUUCAUUGUUACUUGUAAUUAGAUCAGUAUGAUUAUUCCAUACAAGUUCAUUGUAAGAAGAAAUUUUUGUUUUAAAAAAAUAGGGUUUCAAUGCCCAUUGUUCCGUAACAUAACAUUUUCCUUAAUUACCUAUCUUUCGUA